AUGAUUUCAUUUUUCGUGUAUCUCGUCUUCCUCAUUGUCAUUUUUGGGCAAUUUUUGACACCGUUGAAGGAUUACUUGACUCGCGUUUGGAUCGCAUUGCAUCUUCCGGGACCAAAAACGAAAUUUCCCUUCGGAAAUUGUUUCACACUGCGAGAUCCUGACGUUUUGAAGAAAGAAUUCGCACGUGGUUACUCGUUGUACGGCACUUUUGGUCGAAUCUGGUUGAUGUUUUUCCCGUUUUUUGUCAUUUUGCAUCCGGAUGACGUGCAAACGGUACUUGCGACGAAAAAACACACGGAAAAAAUGUUUCUGUAUAAAUUUUUACACAACUUUUUGGGCAAAGGAUUGAUUACGAGUGAGCGCGAACGAUGGCAAUGGCACAGGAAAUACUUGCAACCCUACUUCCAUUUGGGAAUUUUGGAGAAAUUCAUUGAAAACUUCGAAAAAUGUGCGAAACGAGGUUUAAUUGAAGAGAUUAACGACAAAAAUGAGGCUUUUAACGUCACUCCGAUCAUCAAUAAAUGCGUUUUGAACAUCUUAAAUGACAUUAUCGACGAAGCUUGCACGAUGAUGCUCGCAGGUCAGGACUCAACAGGCAGUGCUCUUGCUUUUCUCAUGUACUAUCUCGCCGAAAAUGAAGAUUUUCAACAAAAAUGCUUCUUGGAAGUCGAAAAAAUCUUCAAAGAAAAGUCUUUUGACGAGUCAUUGACCUUAACUGACUUAAAUAACAUGCGAUUUCUCGAGAUGUGUAUCAAGGAAACUCUCCGCUUACAACCAAGCAUCAUAAUUUACGGAAGAAAGCUGUCAGAGCCUGUAACUCUUCGUAACGUGACUCUUCCAGCAGGCAGUGACGUCUUUAUCAUUCCUUAUGCAACGCAUCGUAUUCCAGAAAUUUAUCCUGAGCCAGAAAAAUUUGAUCCCGAACGAUUCAACGUUGAAAACUCCCAAAAUCGAAGUAAAUUUGCGUUUAUUCCCUUCAGCGCGGGUCCUCGUAACUGCAUUGGAUACCAAUUUGCGAUUAUGGAGAUGAAAGUUAUCAUGGCAACAAUACUCAAAGACUUUCGGAUCAAGUCAGUGCCGGGCAUAACGAAAAUUGAACCAUCAUUUCGGAUAACUGUGAGAGCGAGAGGCGGAAUUUGGCUGAAAAUGGAAAAAAGAACAUGA